AUGAUACUCAAGAAUUUUCUUCCAUUCUUGAUAAAUCAACAAUUUAAAUCUAAAAUUAUCAUUAAAAAAGUAACAAAAAGAAACUUAUUGACAUGUGUUCAAAGAACCAAACCUCAACCUUUUCUUAUUACUACUCCUAAUGUAGCAACUAAUUCAAAUUUGGUAAUUGUUCAAAAAAGAAUGAAGGGUGGUGCAAAGCAAGUAAAGAAACCAACAUCAAUCACUCAAAAAACUAAAAGCUACAAAAAACCAAAAGUUUCUGAGGCACAAGCAACUAUUGAUUCAUCUUCAAUCCAUAAUGAAAAAUUUGCCAAGAAUUUGCCAAUAGUUGAAUUGGAAGAAAUGUCAUCUGAUGUUUUUGUAGAAGAAAAUAUUGGUAAAGUUUACAAAUUUCCAGAUCAAAUAAUUUCUAAAAUUAAAACUUUUGGAUUACCUGGAAUGUUAUCAAAAGAGUAUGAAUUUGUAAGACAUCCUUCCUUGAUGAUUCGAGAAUCUUCAGUGGGAUUGAUUGAUAUUCUUAAAAAAGCAUCAGAAAAUUCUAGUUUAAAAUCAAGAUACAUUUUAGCUGGACCUUUAGGUUCUGGGAAAAGUGCAUUGUUACUACAGGCUAUCAAUUAUGCACUUUGCAAUUCAUGGGCUGUUAUUUAUAUCCCUGAUGCUAUUAAGAUUGUAGAUAGUAGAUAUCCUUAUUCUAAAGCUUUAGUGGGCGAAGAAUAUGUUCAGCCAACAUUGGUUUCUUUAUUGUUGAGUCAAAUUAAGAAAGUCAAUCGUAUAAUUCUAGAAAGUGUACACACAAUGAAUGAAUUCAAAUUGAAAAAUCAAUUAUCAUUAGAUAAAUUAUUGGAAAUUGGAAUUAAAGAUAUUCAUCUUUCACAAAAGGUUUUCGAAAGUUUCUUAAAAGAACUUUCAAAUAAUGAGAGAUUUUCAGUUUUACUGGCGGUCGAUGUAGUAAACGCUUUCUAUACCAAUUCCGAAUACACAGAUAACAAUGAUAAAAAAUUAGAAUCUAAUAGAUUAUCAUUACCUCGUUCAAUUAAACCAUUAGAAGAGGCACUUAACAUUAGUGAGUCAUCAGUGUGGAAUCCUCGUUCACCCACAAUAUUACAAUAUACAAAAGAUUUACAACGAUUUGAUGUCAAAAUGUAUACUCUGAAGGAGGCGAAGGGCAUUUUAGAUUAUUAUUAUAAUACUAUGAUCAAAUCAGAUCCAAAAGAUUCAUACUUUCUUAAACAAUAUUUUCUUACGAAUGGUAAUCCAAAAGAGUUUUAUUUAAAUUGUUGGAAAGGAUUCACUAAUUGA